GUUGUUCUACAGACUCUCAUGAGUGAACACAAUAUUCCAGACUCACCAUAGAACGACAUCACUCAUAGCAGUUCAGUCUUACGACCAUGCCGUCCGCUGCUCCUCCCCUACCCACUCCCACCCCGGACGAACUCGAUGACCUGAUAUAUUUUUCGCGGGCCGGCGACCUCGAGUCUCUCAGACAACUCAUAACGAAUCUUUGCGCGACGCACUCGUGCCCACCUUCAGUGAUCCUCGCGUCGGCCAUUGACGUUGACGAAGACGGUCUGGGGUCACAGUCGAGUCUGCUCCACUAUCCUGCGGCGAACGGCAACCUCGAGGUCGUGAAGUACAUACUGGGCUUACUCACGCCCUCGGACGCACUGGGAUCGAGCGUCGGCGCGACCACGGCGGACAAGUCAGCGCCAGCGCUCGUGAACCACAAGAACGUGAAUGGGAACACGCCGUUGCAUUGGGCGGGGAUCAAUGGCCACCUGGACGUCGUCAAGGCACUCGUGGGAGCGGGUGCGGACCCCGGGAUCGUCAAUGCCGCGGGGAGAGAUGCAGUGUUUGAGAGUGAGAUUUCGGCCAAGGAAGGGGCGGCCGAAUGUGCCGAGUGGAUGUUGAAGGAGUGCGAAGGGUUAGAAAAGGGUGUAGGAGGAGGCCAGGAGGAGGAAGGUGAGGCAGCGCAGGAAGAUGUGGAAUCGAUGAGACCAGAAGAAGAGCCCUCGACGACGACGACGAAAGAGAAUGGUACGACGGAGGGAAAGGCGACAUGAUGACGGAUGAUCUGGAGAAAAGAAGAGAGAGAGAGAGAGAGACAGAAAUCGAAAGAGGCGGCACAUGCAACCGCAAGAACUCUCCCGUCGUGGAUCAGCCCAACAACACUUGCCAAAGUGUUCAACUUGAGUAUUUCCUGGAUGAAGAUAAUUCUCUGGAUAUCACCAAAUACGUCUUUGAAAGUGGACGGAAGGAAGAAGGGCUCUUGCAUGUUUUGAGGAUGAGCGAGUUACCUCAUGUCAGGUUUUUCAACAUUGAGGCGCCAGAUAUGCUGUGAAACAGAAGCGCUUGCCUUCUCACGCACGACCUGGCCAAGGAACCGGAGAAUCCAACAUCCCACGAGUCAAAUAGCAAAUGUACAUGAAGGCUACAUUAUGCUUUUUGGCCUCGACCAUACCAAAAGAAAAAUGGCCAAAAAAGCAGAAAUGGUACAGUACACACCGCAAACCACAGUCGGACUCAACACUGCGCUUUUGAAUGGGGUUCUUCUGCCCACGAUCCGACUCUCUGACCUCCACCACCUCGAACAUUGUCACUUGUUUCUCUCUCCCUCCUCUCCUCAGUCAUCCCUAACUGGAACACAUCGACAUUCUUCUCCCUCCUUAUCUGACAGACUGCAAGUUAUGGUGGGACACAGUUUUCCGGUCUGACGGUCGACGACGCAAUAUCCAUUGUGGCAACGUCCUACCAUUUGACGCUUUGAUUACCAAGACAUAAGAGUCAGUCAUGUCAUUUUUGGGUUUGGAUAGAGCUGCAGUUUUCGUGUUGGGCAAAAGCGGUGAUGAGGGAAAAGGAACGAAAAAGGAAGAGAAACGUCUCUGGGCACAUGUAACUCGUACAGAGUGACAUUUGUCACACAUACCUUGUCGAUGCUAUUACCAUCUCGGUUCGGUCUGAGACAAGUCUCUUUUGCCGGUGUUGUAUUAUCUGCCGGCAGAGGUGAGGUCAGGGAUGAAGGGAUCAAAAGUACAAAGGUGGCUAGGAAGAUUUUGGUGAAGAGCAUUCUUUUUGGUAGCUUUCAGAGUGAAAAGAAAUGUGUUCGAGAAGACGGUUUGACGGCGGUGUCGGUGUCAGUGUGAAGAGUACGAGGGCCAGUGUGAUGAAAUGCUCUACGACGGAGUACGGAUAAGGGGGUCACUUAUAAGCCUAUCUACAAUCGAGCCAUCGUCAUGGUCAUCGUCAGGUUGUUCUGGAUGUCUCUUUUACGAGGUCUCACACACGACGGGCCGUCGAACUCGUUUAGCGAGAGCCAAAAACUACAGUGACUAAAUAUUCGGUGUAGGGAGGGUUAGGUUUCGCUUUACAAAGCUUUACAUUACACCAUGAUGGUGUCCCGGUUGAAGAGGUUCGGAGUUCGACCCGUAAUCCGUGAGCUCAUGCGAAGCUGAGCUGAGAGCGAACAGUUACCUAGUUGGUACUCGGUACGGGAGGAAGUCAAAAAAGAAAAAACAAUACGAGGAAUGCCUGACUCCUUGACUACCUCUGCUCUUUUUCGAGUUCGGAUGACCAACAGUUUUUAUUUUAUUUUUUUGGUUCGAGGCAAGCGAUACGAGAGGGGGGAGGUGAUACCUUUUAGCUAGCUGGUAGGCUGAAAAUUUCAUUCGGAAUCUCUUUACUCGAACACGAGGAUGACCGAUGAGGUUGGAAAAUGAGUAUUGAGCGUACACACCCAAGUCAUUCGUAU